AUGGAACCUCAUUGGAUCCUCCAUCCGCUUCAUUUCUUCUCCAUCAUCCCAUCCUUUGCCUCAAGUGUUUCUACAUGCGCCAAGUAUAGGUCGGACGAGAAAAUUGGUACAAACGACCACGACCCGCAGUGCAUGAAGGAAACGAGUCUUGCGAACCAAGAACCAGCCCGCCGACACAAGUUACCAAUUAUAGCUCGGACAAUCAUGCGUGCUACCGUUACCGUUAUUUCGCAUUGA